UCACAGCAAAAGCUUCAGAGUUCAACAAUGGCGUUCUCUACCCUUCUCGCCACCCCCUUCAUGAAACCCUUCUCCUCGACCAUUUCAUUCGCUCGUUCCGCCUCUCAUCUCCACCCAUCAGCUGGCACCAUUUCUCCAUUGAUUACAGCAUCAGACUCCGAUUCCGACUACUUCGAAGCCCCAAUCCUCAAAGGUUGUUCAUUGAAGAACCCAUUCUUAGCCAAAGGAAGGUUGGUCCCUUAUGUGGUGAAAGACAGAGAGGACUCGUUUAUGGCGAAGGUGGAUUUGCCUGGUAUUUCCAAGGCAUAUCUGAGGGUUUGGGCUGCAACCCACUUUCUCCACAUCAAAGCUGAAGAAGUGGAAGACGGUGUUGAUGGAGCUGUUUCCGAUGAAGACAUCGACGAUGAAGAAGAAGGUUCGAGGAAGUACUUUGGGUCAAUCCCUAUUCCAGAAGGCGAGUACUACAAGAUGGACCAGAUCGAGGCUCAGAUGAGGAACGGUGUUCUCAAGCUCGUCAUUCCCAAGCUCAAGCUUGAAGAAAGAGAGGACGUCAUCAACGUCAUAGUCAACAACUGAGCUUUGAUUCGCUUCGUAUGGUUCUUGAGCUUUGAUGGAGCUUUUAUCUAGGGCUUAACUUGUUUUUUUGUGGUUAAUGAAUUGAACAUUAUGGUAUAAGUACUUGAAUUUCAAGGGAUGCUUUUAUUACUA